GUAAUCAGCAACAUACGUACAUGCUUGAAACGCCACCCCCCUCCCCUGCCUUUAACGACAAUUCAGCGGAAUUCUUUCACGGGAUUGAGCAAGGAAACAGAGUCCAUUCAUGGCUGCCGCUGUGAAUCCGGGCGUGGAAGAUGCGCCUCUCAACACCCGUUCCGUGUUGUCAACCAAUCUCAUAAUCAACAGGCUUCAUAUGCUCCUCAACGGGAUCGCCAUAGUCUCCAUUUUCUCCUACAGAUUCACCACUCUUUCUGCCAUUCUGGGAACAGGGGAAACGCCUCUCGUGCCUCAUCUCAUCGUCACUAUCUCCGAACUAAUCCUCGCGUUUCUCUGGAUUCUGCACCAGGCUUUGCGAUGGCGGCCCGUCAAACACGCCGUGUUCCCGGAGAGGUUGCCGGAAGACGAGAAGCUCCCCGCUGUCGAUGUGUUUGUCUGCACGGCUGAUCCCAGUAAAGAGCCGUCUCUGGGAGUCAUGAACACUGUUAUAUCGGCUAUGUCUCUCGACUACCCUUCUCACAAGCUCGCUGUUUAUGUUUCCGACGAUGGCGGUUCUUACAUCACAUUGAAAGCUGUUCGUGAAGCGUGGAAAUUUUCUAGGUUCUGGGUUCCUUUCUGUCGAAAAUAUGAACUGAAAGUCAGGUGUCCCGAAGCUUAUUUUGCUACUCAAGAAACUGAAGAAAGUGCUCAUGAGAAACUCAUUGACAGCACUGAGUUUGUUGCUGAUAGAAAGAUCCUCCAGGAAAGAUAUGCUGAAUUCCAGGAAGCUUUGGAAAGUAAUUUGGGGAAUGCGAUCAAAUCUGUUAGCAAAGAUCAUCCGCCUACCAUAGAGGUAAUGACCGAUGAAAAUAAUGAUCCCAGCUUAAGAAAGAUGCCUCUUCUUGUCUACGUUGCUCGGGAAAAAAGACCACGCCAUGCACACCAUUUCAAAGGAGGAGCACUCAAUGUUCUACUCAGAGUAUCUGCAGUGAUAAGCAAUGCUCCAUACUUUUUGGUCUUGGACUGUGACAUGUACUGUCAUGAUCCUUCUUCUGCUCGCCAAGCUAUGUGCUUCUAUCUUGAUUCUAUAAUAUCUCCAAAGCUAGGUUGGGUUCAGUUCCCUCAGAAAUUCCAUAAUACAAGGAAACGUGACAUCUACGCUGGACGGCUAAACCACAAUAUUGUAUCGCUGUCUUUCUAAGAGCAGGGUAUGGUUUUGAUGGUCUUAGAGGAACUAACAUAAAAGGCUGCAAUUUUUUCAUGAAGAGGGAAGCAAUCUAUGGAACUAAGAACAUUCAAAGGGGAGCUGAUGUGAACCAGCUGAAGAUGUUGUUUGGCUCGAGCAAUGAGUUCAUUGAAGCUUUUAUGUACCAAAAAAGUUACAUACCAAAGUUGCCCGAAGACAGAAAGCCCUUUGAGGCAUUGCAGAAGGAGCUUCAAUUGCUAGCCUCAUCUACUUAUGAUGUUGACACGCAAUGGGGAAAAGAGGUGGGCUACCGAUAUUUUAGUGUUGUGGAGGAUGGGAUAACAAGCCUUGAAUUGCACUGUGAUGGGUGGAUUUCUGUGUUAAUCAACCCUUCCAGACCAUGUUUCUUGGGUGCAGCCACUACCAACUUAAAUGACAUGUUAGUUCAACAGACUCGUUGGGCUUUUGGACUGAUGCAAAUGGGUCUGUCAAGGUUUAUGCCUCUUAUAUAUGGUCCAGUGAGAAUGUCAAUUCUUCAAAGCAUGUGUUAUGGUGCACUUGUACUUGACUCUCUUUCCACCAUCCCCUUCUAUGGGUUAUCCAUAAUUUCUCCAAUUUGUCUACUUUAUGGCAUUCCUCUGUAUCCCCAGGUAUCAGAUCCAUUUUUCUUUGCGUUUGCAUAUGCUUUCGUCUCAUCACAACUCAAGCAUGUGCAAGAGGUCUUUUCCUUUGGUGAUCAUUCAUUCAUGAAUGCACUCUAUGAACUAAGGGCUUGGAUGAUGAAGUUAGGAUCAUGUUACUUUUAUGCGCUUAUCAAUUCUGUUUUGAAUAAACUUGGUUUGCAUGAGGCGGAUUUCAAUCUAACAAAAAAGGUGGUCAAUGAUGAACAAGCCGUGCUUUAUGAGAGGGGCAUAUAUGAUUUCCGAACAUCGCCCAUGUUGCUUGUUCCAAUGUGCAGCAUCUAUAUUCUAAAUCUUGCUUGUUUUGUCAUUGGAAUGGCAAGGAUAUAUGGCAAAGGUGACAAAUUGCUUGCCCAAGCUACUCUCUCAUUCUUUGGGAUAGUUGUCAACUACCACAUGUUUGAAGGAAUGUUCUUGAGGAAGGACAAUGGUCGCAUCUCACUAUAUGUCUCUCAGCUCGCUCUUACGGCAUCUGGAGUUAUCUUGGGAUGUGGGUCACUUCUUGUUCAAUACUGAUUUGCAAAGGUACAUUUGCUCAAUGAUAGUGAGUGUUUACUGUUACGUUGAAGUAGUAGAACUGCAAAUUCAGAUUCUUCUAAUGUGAAACUAAACCUUCAUUGAUCUCAGCUCCAGUCUGAGAGGUUGGAAACCUGUACUAUGAUGAAUUUCUUCUGUCUCUUCAAAUCUGAUCUGUUCUAGUUGGUAUGAUCUAGUCUAGUUUGUUCUAAUGUGAUAUUAUGUGUAUAUUAUUAUUAUUAUUAUUAUUAUUAUUAUUAUUAUUAUUAUUAUU